AAACAAAACAAAUUCUAUUUUCUUGGCUUUCUCCAAUCCUUUCUCAAAUCAACUUCCCCUGUCUUGUCUAUCUACGCACACACUUAUAUAUACAGAGUCUAUAGUCUCUGUAGAGACCAAACCCUAGCUGGGUCCAAAACCCUUUUCAAGAUCAAUUUUAUCCCAAGAUUUUGAGGUGAAAAAAAGUCAAGAAUAUUAUGGAGGGGUUACCAGCGCUGAUUCCUAGAACUGUUGAAGAGGUUUUUGGUGAUUUUAAAGGCAGAAGAGCUGCUUUGAUCAAGGCCCUUACUACUGAUGUUGAGAAGUUUUACGAGGAGUGUGAUCCGGAAAAGGAAAACUUGUGUUUGUAUGGGCUUCCAAGUGAGAAGUGGGAAGUCAAUCUGCCUGUUGAGGAGGUCCCUCCUGAACUGCCAGAGCCAGCUCUAGGCAUUAAUUUUGCAAGGGAUGGGAUGGCAGAGAAGGACUGGUUAUCACUUGUUGCUGUUCACAGUGAUACAUGGUUGCUUUCUGUUGCAUUUUAUUUUGGUGCUCGAUUUGGUUUUGUCAAGAAUGAAAGGAAGAGGCUUUUUCAGAUGAUAAAUGAGCUGCCAACUGUGUUUGAAGUUGUAACGGGCAAGGUUGAACAGCCCAAAGAUGCUCCUCGAAGUAACGGAAACAAAAGCAAGCCAAAUGGGAGUGCGUCUCGAAAAUCUGAACCAUAUCCUAAAGCAGCAAAGAUGUCUCCACCCAAUGAAGAGGUUGAAAGUGACGGAGAUGAGGAUGAGGCUGAGGCUGGAGAAGACGAACAGGCAACAACUUGUGGUUCUUGUGGAGAUGAUUAUGCGCCUGAUGAGUUCUGGAUUUGUUGUGAUGUAUGUGAGAAAUGGUUUCACGGGAAAUGUGUGAAAAUCACUCCUGCUAAAGCUGAACAUAUCAAGCAGUACAAAUGCCCUAGUUGCAGUAACAAGAGGGCUAGAGUUGGGAUGUAGAAUACCAAAUUGGUAUGGACAUCUCAACUAAAAUAGAUAAACGCAAGUAAAAAGCUGGUAGUGGACUAAUUGAACAAGACAUAUCUAGGUUGUUCCUAUCUUUAAGGUCGUCGAUUAAGAAUAUUUAUUUGGAAGUUUCAGUUUUAGUCUUAUUUUCUUCUUUACAUUUAAGUUUAACAGUGUGUGGGUUUUGAAAACUGAUGCUUCUGUGUGAUAUUUAUAUAGAUCUAUGUUAUUUCUAGUA